CGGUUGGUUAGUUGGCAUUGACCUACGGGUGUGUCCGUGACACAAGUGGAUCUUCUCCUCCUCGUCCUCCGCGUCGGAAGAAGUAGCAAGUAGCUGUUGCAGCGUCUACUGACGAAGACGUCAUCUCUACUUCGUGUAUUCGUGAAGGGACAGAAUUAAAUUAAGAGAAAAUGAGGAUCUGGUGGAUCUUGUCCGCUGCCCUGGUGGCCAUCUCCCUCAGCGGCGCGCAUGCGCAGUUGGCCGUCGGGCCAGGAGGCCUCAGAACGCCCCCGAUCAACCUCGUCUCUGUCUUCAGAUUUCUACGCGAUAUUUUCAUGGCUUACAUGUACCCUCCAACCCCGGGUUCCGAGGUGAAGACGACGAAGAAUGACGACGCCAAGUUGAUUCCAGUGAGGGACGAAAAGGACAUGGAAGCUGUGGUAGAGCCCUCGAAAAAGCGGGUCAGCGUCUUGGGUUACGACACGGACGGGAACAUCGUGGAAAAGUUUGACACAGGCUGCUCAGACGACAGCUCCAUCGACUGCAUCCCCAAAGAAGAAGAAGAAGAAGAGAGGAUAGACGACGCCCUUGAUGAGAACCUCCUCCCAAUGAAUCGGACAGCAGACGGGACCACGGUGGCCGACGCCUUCGAGGACAAGACAGCCUCCAUGCAGCUGGUGGUCGGGAAGUGGCCCGUCCUCUACAUUACACUGAUUUCCAUCCUGUCCUGGCUGAUUAUCAUGAUCAGCACUCCUUAUAUCCUGACCGGAGACACUAUCGGCCGUCGUGAGGAUGACGUGUCUGCAGAGUCGAUGGUUGACCAGCAGGACGUGCUUUUGCUGCUCGCGUGGCUCCUGGGAGCAGUGAGCGAGGACACCUCGUGCCUGGAACGCAUAGUCUGCCUCACGCCCACCAAAUCUUCCAGAUACAUUUCCGUGUCGUCUAUGUUCUUCAACGUCGCCAGUUACCUGCGCAGAUGGGUCCCCUACAGUCAGAGAUUCGACAACCUCCUCGACAGACUGGAGGACGUGACCUUGGACGGGUUCGCCCAGGAUUGCCACAGCUACUACUGCCCGACGAUUCCGGAGCUGUAGUUGGUGACCUCUGACCUGUGACCUAGCUUCGUAAUGCCCACCACUGACCUCGAGAAAGUGAAGUGGUCUCGAGAUGGCAAAAGGCUUUUGGAAUUCGUCAAUGUUAAGGAUGUUGAUGAUGUUGAUUUUUUUUUUUUGGUGAAUGUUGGGAUGUUGAUUGGACUCAAAAGGGAAUUUUGAUAUUAAAACCAUACUUUGAAGUGAAGUAGAUUAAAGUACAGUAUUAACUUUUUAUGUAUAUUUAAUAAAGGAGUGUUUUUAUUGACUCAAGAUGGGAAUUUUGAUAUUAAAACUAUACUUUGAAAUGAAGGUGCUAAAAUACAACAUUAAUUUUUAUAUAUAUAUAUAAAAAGAUAUUUUGUAUUGGACCAAAAAUGUAAUUUGGCCAAAGCCAUUCUUUGAAAUGAAAACGAAUAAAGUACAAUAUUAAUUUUUUUUAUAUAAAAGGAUGGUUUAUACUGGACAAAGAAAAGAAAUUUUAACUAAAACUAUACUUAGAAAUAAAGUAGAUGUAAGCACAAUAUUCAUUUUUUAUAUAAAGCGAGGAAUUUUAACUCUAAAACUAUACUAUAAAGUGAUAUUGACUAAAGUACAGUAUCAAUUUUUUUUUUUACAUAUAAAAGGAUGGUAUAGAAUUUGUUUGUAAUUUCAGGUAAUGUUAUUAGUAUGAAAAAUAUUAAAUGUAAAAUGACUGAACAUUCUGGGAAAAUCAUUAUUAUUGCUGAAUGACACCAGCAUUGUUAUAUUAUUUAUUUACUUGUUAUAUUUAUUGUAGAUUUUAGCUGAAACCUAGGAUCUAGAAAUAGCACACACACACACACAUACACACUUAUACACACACAUAAAUAUAAAUGUGUGUGUGUGUUUAUCAGUAGGCAUUUAUGCUUUAUACCUGGGUACCUACACAUGCACAUACAUACAGACACAUAUACAUGGCUGUAUAAAGACGCAUUAUUUAUUUCUAUUGUUAUCUAAUUGUAACAAUUAUAUUCCUCUUCAUAUCAAAUGUUUAUAUUAUUAUUAUUAUUAUUAU